AUGCUGCGUCCAAUGCACCAAAAUGGGAUCCUUCCUGGAGCCGCCGUUACAGCAUUGCUGGAGCGUUGCGGUUUCCACGCGGUGAGAGCAACAAACAAAUCAGCAAGACGAGCCGGCGAAGGCGAGACAUCGCUUCGCGGACACGCUGCUUGCGCCUCUGGUUACUGUGCUGACCGCGAAACCACGCACUACGGAUCCCGAUCAACAAUGGAGGAUUGGGACGAAGUCCAGUGCGAACCAGACCGUGGUGACGAACUCAACCAAGAUCAGAACCCUACCCGAGACUUCUCAACUACACGCCUGAUCAAACAGACCCUCCUCAUCCUGCACACUCUGCUUGUCGGAACUUUGCGCGGCUUCGUUGGACUCGCCAUCAUCCACGCGGAGGCGUGGGUUAGCAUCGUCAGCAUUUGGAGUCGCUUCGUCUUCUUUCAGCUAUGUCGCUACGUCCUGCGGAUCAUUGGGGCUCGCCUCCAUCGCGGCCGCGUCGAUUGA